CCCACAUCAAUUGAAUUAUUGUACAUCAUUUGCAAUACACAGAGAUUGCUAAAGUAUAUCUACAAUGCCCCACCCACGCAUCCACUCCACCGGCUCCCUCGACGCCUUCAACCCCAUCCUCGUCACCCCCGUCAUCGGCACCGAAUUCCCCAAAGACAGCUGCAACAUCGUCGACGACAUUCUCAAUGCCCCGAAUGCCGAACAACGUAUCCGUGACCUUGCCGUCUUAGUCGCCGAACGCGGCGUCGUCUUCUUCCGCGCCCAGCACAACCUCACCAACGACCUCCAAAAACACCUCAUCCUGGAAAUGGGCCGCCUAACCACCCGCCCCGAAUCCCACGGUCUCCACAUCCACCCCGGCCGCAAGAAACUCUACCAGGGCUCGGACUAUACCCGUAUGGCGGCCGUCUGGCAUAGUGAUAUUGCGUUUGAGAAGGCGCCGGCGGAUUUCUCGAGUCUCAGGUUGACUCAGUUGCCUGUGACGGGAGGCGAUACGUUGUGGGCUUCCGGGUAUGAGGUUUAUGAUCGCAUUAGUAAACCCUAUCGCGGGUUUCUGGAGGGGUUGAGUGCCACGCAUGUCGGGGCGGGGUUUAAGAGGAUGGGCUUGAAGGUGUAUACUGGGGAGAGAGGGGCGCCGGUCAAUGUCGGGGAUGAGUUGGAGGCGGUGCAUCCGGUUGUCAGGACGAAUCCGAUUACGGGGUGGAAGUCGAUCUUUCCGAUUGGGGCCUUUCCGACCAAGAUUAACGGAUUGAAUCGUCGAGAGAGUGCAAAUUUGCUGCAGUACUUUCAUGAUCUGAUCACCUAUGGUCAUGAUCUACAGGUGCGGUUCAAGUGGAAUGAUCCUAAUGAUAUCGCCAUCUGGGAUAAUCGCAGCGUGUUCCAUACGGCCACCGGUGACCACGAAGGAUUCGGGCCCAGAAGUGGCAAUCGCGCUGUCGGCGUGGGCGAGGUGCCAUACUUUGAUCCAGAGAGUAAGUCGAGGAGGGAGGAUCUGGGGAUUGAGGAUACGUUGUCUCCGGCUCAUUUGUAGUUAUGUUGCUGACGGUAAUUUGAUGUCGAAUUGGGUAUCUGUUUUGGUCUAUUCUGGAGUAAACCAGUUCAGUCCGUCGGACAUAUCCAUGCUUAAUAGGUCGUUUGACCAUAUCUCCGGGAACAUGUCGCUGAAUGUAUGCCAGAACUCAGGUGUAUCUGCUGUAGCAGACCCCUGUCCAUAUGUAUCGUGUCCGGUGAGCCCUCCCAUAGGUGGUAAUGGAUACUGAAAGUCAAACCACCCAGCCGAUAGCUGAGAAUCCCCAGUAGUUAGUUCUGUCUGUGCGCUGACACUCUCGGAAUGUGGUGUGGGGAUAGCAUCCUCUUGUGUUUGUGAUUCACUUGGCAUGGAAUCGGCCUUUGCUGCAUCAUUCACGUAUUCCAUCACGCGGUUGAUGAUCAUCUCCAGGCCGUCUCGAUACUUCUUCAGACUAGAAUUUCUCUCGGCCAUGACGAACAGCGCAGAAGAACAGGCUCGCAGAUCAUUCGACACGGCUACUGUCCACAGCUGGGGGGCUCGGAAGAGGCAAAGACUAUCUCGUCAGGCUAAUUCUAUUGCAAC